AACCGGCAAACUGAACUACAACUAGUCUCGACUCGACUGCCCGCGAGAGCGAGCCCCCCAGAUCUCCCUCGUUCUCCGGCGAUGGCGUCGCCCUACACCGGCGCGCAGCCGCCGUAUCCGGCGGGGGCGCACCAGCCGCCGCCGCCGGCGCAGGCGCUGCUGCAGCAGAACCACUCGCUGGCGUUCCGCGUGAUGCGGCUGUCCCGCCCCUCGCUGCAGCCCGACCAGGCCGCCGCGCUCCGCUUCGACCCGCGCGACGUCUUCCUCCCCGAGGACGCCCUCACGGGGCCCGACCCCUCCGCCUCCUCCGCCGCCGACGCCGCCGCCUUCCUCCAGGGCCUCCUCCACCCGCUCGACUCGCCGGCCACCACCGUCCCCGGCGACUUCACCUUCCGCGACCGCUUCCUCCUCCGCGACCCCGUCGACGCCCUCGCGCUCCCCGGCCUCCUCGUCCUCCCGCAAUCCUUCGGGGCGAUCUAUUUGGGGGAGACCUUCUGCAGCUACAUCAGCAUCAACAAUAGCUCCAGCUUCGAGGCCAGGGACGUCGCCAUUAAGGCAGAAAUACAAACCGAGAGACAGAGGAUACUUCUUUUGGAUACAUCUAAGGCCCCUGUUGAGUCAAUCAGAUCUGGGGGUAGAUAUGAUUUCAUUGUGGAACAUGAUGUCAAAGAACUGGGAGCACAUACGCUUGUCUGCACUGCUUUAUAUAAUGAUGGUGAUGGGGAGCGUAAAUAUCUUCCUCAAUUCUUUAAGUUCACUGUUUCAAAUCCAUUGUCUGUUAGAACGAAGGUUCGCACCAUCAAGGAUACCACUUAUCUGGAAGCCUGCAUAGAGAAUCAUACAAAAUCUAAUCUUUAUAUGGACCAAGUUGAUUUUGAACCUUCCCAACAAUGGGCAGCUACAAGAUUAGAAGCCGAUGAACAUCCGUCAACAGUGAAGUCUAUAAUCGGGGACUUGUGCAAGCAACCGAUUCUCAUCAGAGCUGGAGGAGGAAUAUACAAUUACCUAUAUCAACUCAGACCAUCGUCUGGUGAGUCUGGUCAAACAAAGGCAGAGGGAAGCAGCAUACUCGGGAAAUUUCAGAUCACAUGGCGGACAAAUCUCGGGGAGCCUGGCCGUUUGCAAACUCAAAACAUACAUAGCACUCCCACUGCAAGCAAAGAUGUUGAUCUUCGUGCUGUGAAAGUUCCACCUGUGAUAUUUCUGGAAAGACCAUUUAUGGUUAAUUUAUGCCUUACAAACCAAUCAGACAAGACAGUUGGCCCUUUUGAAGUAUUUUUAGCACCAAGCGUACUUGAUGAAGAGAAAUAUGUUCUGGUCAAUGGAUUACAGAAGUUGGUUUUGCCACUAGUUGAGGCUUUUGAAUCCAUCAACUUUGACUUGAGUAUGGUAGCUACUCAAGUAGGCGUGCAAAAAAUUUCUGGAAUUACACUGUAUGCCGUGCAGGAAAAGAAGCUUUACGAACCUUUGUCAGACAUAGAGAUUUUCGUUGAUGCAGAAUAGAACAACGCUGCAUUGGAAAACAGACACAGAUGUUCCCCCAUGUUUUCAUCAUCUGAGAAAGGGAUAUACAUAUCGUCAAGCGUAUUCUAGUUGAUGUAUUUUUUGUUUAUUGUACAAUUGAUUAUAUCCGAUUGUAACGAGACACAUUUUUACCAAAAAGGGAAAUAGAUUGAAUGUUCUUCCAAGGAAUGCAGAUGCGGGCAUUGUGAAGUUCCAAACAAGAUAAGCAAAUUGUCUUGUGUCA